CAAGAGCUGUAUUUAUGGACAGAAUCCUUCGUGUCCGUCUGGAACAACAUUCAGUGGACGUGUCUGUAUCUCUGCGACACCACCUGAAUGCAAAGUCGGUCAUUACAAUGGCUGGGCUUGCCAAGCUCCUGAGUCUCCUCAAUGUGUCCGAGGCUCCAAGCUGGUAGAUGGUGUUUGUGUGAUGGAGUCUCAAGAUGAGAGGUGUCGACCGGGUUUUACGUAUAACGGCCACGCAUGCGCAUCUAACAAACCGCCGGGUUGUCCGUCAGAUGCCGUGCUAUCAAAGGGGGUCUGUGCCCUCAAAGAGAAACCAGCAUGUGCGCAGGGUACAUUCAAUGGCACUGUCUGCGUUGUGCCUGAGCCUCCCACAUGCCCCCAAGGCUCUAUUUUCUCAGAUGACUCCUGCAUUUCCACGAUACCGCCGACCUGUCCCGUCAACAUGAUUCUCCGUGGGGACUCUUGCAUACAGACGAGUAACCCUGUGUGUGCUCCAGGCUCGGUGUGCAAGGGUGAUGUUUGCAUUACGACUAGUACUCCAACAUGUGCCGUUGGGGCAUUCAAGGAUGGUAAAUGCAUUUCUGCCUCAGGACCAGCUUGUCCAGGCCAGGCCGUCUUUGAUGGUACAAACUGUAUCUCCCAAAGUAGUCCAGGCUGCCAACCAGGAUUUGCAUUUAAUGGAACAGCUUGCAUCUCACACAGCUCGCCAGUGUGCCUAGAAGGCGAUGUCUUUGAUGGUAAAAUCUGCCUUCACAGCCAACAGCCUGUAUGCCCUCCAGGGACUCAUAUCCAAGGCAAUGGCUGUGCCACUCAAGUGGGACCCAAUUGCCCGGAAGGCUUUGUCUUCUCUUCUGAGGGUUGCAUUGCAGGUACAUUACCCGAAUGCCCAGCCGCUGCGACCUUAAAGGGGGGUAAGUGCAUCUCUGAACAGCCACCCGCCUGUCUGCCUGGCACACAGCUUAUUGACGGCGGCACCUGCGUUGCGAUUAAUGGCCCGACAUGUCCUCCUGGCAGUGAGCUGCGACCAGAAGGUUGUGUUACCAUCACUGCUCCUUCAUGUCCACAUGGAACCACGCUGAAGGACAACAAAUGUGCCUCUGAUAAUGCACCCACUUGUCGUCUCCCGCUUGUUGUCUCUGGUGAUAAGUGCAUAUAUCCUAACCUACCUAAAUGCCCAGCUGGCACAGUCCUCUCUAAUGACAAGUGUAGCUUGGCGCUAACAACUGGAUGCUAUAAUAUCCAGUUUUGCCCUUGAGGCUAUCUGGUGGGUGUCGAGAGGAGCAUGUUUCUGAAAUCAUGUCUUGAACAUCGAGAAACUGAGAUGAACUGUUAGUGGUUGGGAGGGCAGAAGCAGAUACACAGUAAUCUACAGUUUCAUGAGUUCGAGGACUCCAAAAUGGCUCAAUAUACUGCUUUUCAUACA